AUGCUUGCGUACCGCUUAAAAUGGCGGAGGAUUCUUGCGGCCCAUCGCCUGGGUUCUCCUUUUCCUGUUGCUACGCUCCCCUUGUUCGGCAGAAACAAGACCAGGGAGAGCCAUGUUUCAACAAAUGUUCUGCGGAACGGACUACAUAAACAAGCUCCUAAACAUAUAGAGUUACGGGGUCAAUCAGGCCGGCAUUAUUUAAUCAAGAAGGUCUUGCAGGAAAAGGAGCUUACCAGGCUGCGGGUGUAUCUUGCUGUCUCCGAUGAGCAGCAGUUCGUUUUGAAAGAAGUCUUCCAGAAUGACUUUCACUACUACCGGAAUAUGCACAAGGAUUUGGGGAGCCCGUAUCUUCGGACAUUGAGCGAUACGAUCCCAGAAGAGUCAUUGUUCGUAUAUAAAUAUUUCACGGACCAUCUACUAAGAAUGGCACCACAAACUAAUUUGCCCCUUGAUAUCACGAAACGUAUUUUGAGAGAUGCAUUGCGUGGGAUUGCGGCCUUACAUGAACGGGACAUUGUUCACACAGAUAUUAAAGCAAACAACAUUCUAAUCAACUGGAGGAUUGAGAAAGAAGACCCGAGGAAGAUAGUCGUAGAUCAGGUGCAGCUUUCUGACGUUGAAGAUGCUGUGCACCUACACCCUGGUCGCUCCAUAAUAGGCAAACAACUAGGUAAUUAUAUGUGGAGGAGCCCUGAAGCGCAUGCGCGCGGCCCGAUUAACAAGGCGUCUGAUAUAUUUUCAUUUGGCGUCGUGUGCAUUUACGCCAUGCUUAAGGAAGCCAUCUUCUCCAUGGACGAGAGCCAGCUUCCGGAAGGUGUUGAGCCUCUAUCAGUCAUUCUCGAGCGCCAAUUGUCAUAUUUCGCGAACGCGGAAAGCUUGAAUGGUUUUCUGGCGUACUUGGGAGACGAAAACCCGUGGUGCAAUGCUUUCAAAACCCUUUGGGAAGGAUUCAAUGAGAGAAACCCGCGGAAACCAUUCUCUAUGUGCCAGGAUAUCGAUAAAGACUUUAGAGAUCUUGUUUGUGCCCUGAUGCAUUUUGAUCCGCCCAAGAGGAUCACGGCAGAGACGGCUUUGAAACAUUCCUGGUUCACGAGGUGAGGAGCUGGCAUACUAUUAGUCGACGGGACACACCUUGGACAGAGAGAGUGCCCGCCCGUACCGAGUACUGGGAAUGCCGCCGGAAUGUGGUCCAGUAUAGAGAAAUUCUCCAAUGCAAGCCGCGAUCUCAGAGUCUCUCAGAGUA